AUGGCACAUCACUUGGAAAAGCGUGCGAGGAUGGGCGAAUGCGAGCAGGCCUCUCAUGUAGACCUUGUCGGCCCCUAUAUCAACCACCUCCAAACGGCCCGGCCCCCGAUCGCCGACGACGAGUACCUACUGGACCAGCUUGGAGUGGUGGACUUGCAGUUUGACGAUGACUGGACCCAGGAGGAGGAGGACAGGGUCCUCUCGCAGUGGGUGGGGAGCGCGGACUCGGUCGCUCUAAAGGCAUAUGCACUUUGCAACCUAGGUAAGCCGAUGAGCGACCUUUGGCGGAUCACGGCACACGUCAUGCGGCGCACGCCAGUCAACAUCAUAUCGCCUGGCUUUGGGCUUCGUUACCUGGCCCCGCUCGGCAGAGGCGCCUGCUGGACUCCGAGCUUUUCGAUCGCGCUGGGCAAGCUCGUUGUCCAUCCCGUGUGGGAGUGCAAUUACGAGAACCUCGUGAGGGCCAUCCAGUUUGCCGUGGCGUGCCGCACGCAAGAACGAGGAUGUUGGAACUUCCUGCGGCAUAGGUUUUGCCCGGUGCAAGAGGAAAUGACGUACGUCUUCGCCGCCGGCAAGGCCGGGCGGACGCCCGAGGUAGUCUUGGAGAUGUGCAUCCGAGGACGGCAGGUCAGCGAGGACCUGGCCUUUCUCAGACACCUUGGCCCGUAUGCCGUUUCCCGAGGCCAUGGCCAGCUGGGCGCAUCGUCUGCCUCGGCCGGCAACGAAACCGAGACCCGCACGUUGAGCGUACGCUUCAGUGACCUGGAGAUCAUCCUCGAGGCCCUCAACUCGUUCAAAGUCGUCGGAGUCCCCAGAUAUGCCCACUCGGAUCUAUACUACGCGGCGUACCUGCACGCCCCCAACAUGCAGCCGCCCUUUUCCCGGGAACGAAUCCUCGACAUGUACGAGGCGGCGUGCCUGGACCAGCUACGGUUUGUCGCCAUGUGCAGCAAGGCCAUGUCGGACAGCAGCUGUAACGUAUCGGAACACGACAACCAUUUUCUGCCGCAGGCUGCCGACCGAGACGUGACCCCGGCUAUGGAGCGCCUGUUACUAGAGGCCACGGGUAACCCACAGCCCACGCAAGUUCCUCUUGGCGCGGAUACCGUGUCGAGCCAAGCCUCUGAUGUCCUCCCCGGCGCCACACUUGAACUGAGCAGCAUGUCCAGCGAUGUCUCCGGAGAGUGCGGCGAGAGUGUAGGCUAUCGUGAGCCGCUACCGGCUAGAGAGACGCUGGCGUCGCCCGCGCCUCCCACGGAUGCUCCUGCUAUCGGCAUGACGGCGCCUGUCCCCGUGCAGGAGGACUCAAGCCAAGAACAGGGCGCCCGGCGUCCCGAGGGACUCACCGACGAAAUCCGCUUUCAGCGCAGAACCCGGGACCAUUUGCUCAACUACUUGUAA